CAGAAGCAGGUGGUCAGAAGCCAGAGGGGACGUGAGAAGUGUCACCCUGGAGCCUGCUGAGAUGGAGGCCUCAGAUGGGCAAGGGGGUGAAGGGGAUAAGUCACUAGAGAAGGUGGCAAAUGCGCCCUGCUUAGAGAGGAGUUCUAGCAUCAUCCCUGCCAGAGACUCACUUGUGUGCCAUGCCAAGGGCCUGAGGCGGGACAUCUUCAAAAUCUGUAAAGAAUAUCUAAGACCGCUGAAGAAGUUCCUGAGAAAGUUGCACCUGCCCAAGGACCUUCCCCAGAAGAAGCAGCUAAUGUACAUGAAGCAGAGCCUUGUGGUCCUAGGGGACCACAUCAACACCUUUCUGCAGCAUCAUUGCCAAGCCUGGGAAAUCAAACACUGGAGGAAGAGGCUCUGGCGAUUUGCUUCCCUCUUCUCGGAACUGGAAGCGAAGCAGCUUCGCCGGCUCUACAAGUACGCCAAGAACAACCAGCCUGCCAAGUUCCUGGUGGCAUUCUGCCCCUCGGAUGCACCGCAGAGAUCCUCACUGCUGGACCAAGAAGACAGUCUGCCCAAGCUCUGCAAAGCCUGGGGGCUGCAUGGCAUCAGCGGCAUGAAGGAGCGACUGUCCAAGAUGCAAGCCCGAGGCCAAGAGGCCACCCUCCUGGGGGAGCCCCAAUCCCUGGGCCAUGCCAGGAGAGAUUCUUUACGGAAACUUCCUCAAAAACCAAAACUCAAGAGAAAGAGGAUAAAGGAAGUCCCAGAAACUCCAGACAUCUGCCCAUAAGAAGACCUGCUGGGACAGAGGGC